ACCAGCUCUCAACAUGGCUGGGAAAAAGAAGAGUCCCGGUAACUCCCCGAACAAGAAAAAAACGAAAGGGAAAGGCAAAAAAGGCAAGGCAAAAACCGCUGAGGAACCUGUGCAAGAAAUACCGCAAGAAGAGCCGAAGGAGAAGAAGGAAGUCCCUGAACCGCCACCUGGUAUCGUCCCUUUAUUUUUCACCACGCAAACUCAACAAAUUUUCAACAUUUUGGCAGAUGUUAAUGUCUCAAAGGAGUCGCCCAAUGCUGUGCUUAGCAAAAGUGCAAUCCUUGAAGACCUAAGCACCAGGAAAGCGAUUUCAGACUUUCACCCCAUCAAUGAACUUGUAUCGGGGUAUCCAGGAGACGAGAUUCUAGUUGUUUAUGACGCUGACUUUGUCUUUGGCGAGAACUUCUAUGUUUGUGUCACUGAGGAAGCGAAAGAAAGCAUCUUGUUCCCCCCUGACGCCGAAGAAGAGGAGGAAGAUCCGUUCGCGCUCCCAGACAUCCCAUACAUUCCCCCGGAGCCAAAGCCAUGGCAAAACCUUGGCAGUGACGUCGAAGUCACGGACGAAAACGUGAUCGAAUCUCGGCCAAAACUCAAACUCUCCAUUAUGAAGCCCCGCCGAUACUUCUCUGAGAAAUGCAUCUUCAGCAACCGUGACACUGACGCUGGUAAAGACACAUAUCAGGAGUGUUUGCCGAACUAUGAACGGAGAAACGUUGUCUGCCGGAAGGAGCUCGACAAGGGAACACAAGCCGUGCCUCAAGAGGAGGUAAAAAUGAUACAGACUGACUACCGUAGGCCCCUCAACCAGUGGUCUCAAUAUGUGCCGCGGGAACUGACCGAAGAGGACAAGGGAGACGUGAUGGAGUCAGAUCGCAUGGGCCGUUUCGUGAAGGAUGUCACUCCUGCGAUGGAAGCGGCGUUGCAACAGAACGAAAUCAUCAAUGUCUUCCGCAAUGACUGGGAACAGCUGAAUCCCGGCAAGUCAAUGAUGUCAGAACGCCAGGAAACAUACUUGAAAGAGUACCAGUCAUUUCAGGAUCUGCAUUACAGCAAGGACAAACAGAUCAUAUGCGAAGAUUGGCAUGCGACGAUCCCAGGGCUGGUGGGAGUAAGCUGCGUGGAGCAGAUGUCCUACGAUGUCAGACUGAGGAACAUGUCUCGGAUAAUGAUGGUGCCGUCACUCGUUCUCAUGUGGAACUAUCAGGACCCCAUCCACCCACGUCUGCUGCUGGAAUCGCCUGACGACUGCUUUGUCUUCCGAUUCAACCCAGUCAAUCCGAACAUUGUGGCCGGUGGUUGUAUCAGCGGGCGCAUCGUGAUAUGGGACCUCACUCAGUACUACGGUAGACUGGCGAUGACCGAAAGCUCAAUCCAGAUGAAGAAACUGUCAUUUCUCAGUUCGUUAGUGGAAGACAACGAGGGAAAAAUUCCCGUCGUGCAGCCGGUGGCCUCUACGCACAUCGACUUCGGGCACUCAUCUUGCGUGACAGACCUGCAGUGGCUUUUGCCUCCCUAUGUCGUGGACAGACAGGGAAGGGUGACCGAAGACUCUGUCAAACCUGAAGAAGAAGAGUGUCACCAGAUCAUAUCCUGCGCUGGCGAUGACCACUUCUUAGUGUGGGACAUCACACCACAAAAGCCACGCAGGGGCGCGGCACCAGAAGCAGAAAGCCAUGAUAAGGAUCGAUGGCAGCUUCUCAACCACAACUGGCGUCCUGUCAUCCGCAUCUUCCUUCCCAGUCGUGCAGCUGGGAUCCCAUACAGUAUAUGCCAGUUUCGCCUGAAAAACGCGAAGAAAGAUUCGAAGGGUGGCGGGGAAGUAGAAGAGUCUGGAGAAAAGACGAAGACUACAGCACCAGAGAUGGCAGACGACGUGACGAAAAGCCCAGUCAGCAUAUAUGCUGGGACCCAGGCGGGAGACGUGCUCUUCACCGAUCUCCGAGUGAGACGAGACUCGGACACGAACAGGACCGUGCUGUGCGAGCUGCAUGAACAGCAGGUACACGCUGCUCCUAUCAGGUCCAUUUGCAUCUCGCCGUUUUUCGAUGACAUGGUGCUCACAGUCGGUGGUUUUCGAUUCGCCGUCUGGAAAGUGGGUAUCAAGUGGGAGCCACUAAUGGUGUCAGCUGAAGCUCCCGCUCGUCGGACCAGCGGCGCGUGGUCGCUCUCACGCCCUUCGAUGUUCUUCAUCGGCCGUCAGGAUGGCUCGGUCGAGGUCUGGGACAUGCUGGACCGAGCACAGGAGCCUUUGCUGUCACAGAACCUGUCGGGUGUGGAGGUGACAAGCCUGAACAUCAAAAAACUUGGACGCCGACAAGUUCUGUCAGUCAGUGACAAUUCGGGAAACCUGCACUUGCUGGAGAUUCCUCUAGUGCUGUCGCAGUUAGACGGGGACGAACAGCAAAUGUUAGAGAACCUGUUUAAACGCGAGACGACCAGACAAGAGAUCCAGGCGAAGAAACGGGCUGAAAGACAAGCGGCGGAGGAGAAAACGGGCGAAGCUCCUCCACCCGAGAGUGCCGAACCUCCCGAGAAGUCGCAGGAUCACCCAGGAGGAUCAGCGGCAGGACUAGUGCAGAUGGCGCAGGACGACUUCGAUGGCCAGUCAGUGUAUGACGGUUAUCUGGAGACCGAAGGAAGGCUGGUAAACCAGCUGGCGGGUGCCAAAGAUACAGGCACUAACGAGAGUGGCGUGUAGAUGUAGUAAUAAGUAUGUCUAUGCUCAAGUAUGCAUGUUGUAUAUGUUCUCUAGUCAGUUGGAGGAUGAUUUAUGCGGUUUGCAUUGCAAUAGGUUGUUAAUUGGUGACAUGGUAGUUGACCCAUGAGAAUCACCCAAGCAGUCGCUUACCUAAAGUUGUUGCUGUCCGGUGCAUCAGAUACUCGAUAUCGUAUGUCGCCAACACACAAGAGUGGUCUGGUCUGUCAAAUAAAGAAUAUCCCCAAACAUGCA